AUGAACCGCCUCUUUGGCUCCGGCGGCAAGAAUGCCGCGCCCAAGCCGACGCUCGGCUCAGCCGUGACCAGCGUCAACGGGCGGAUCGAGUCGCUCGACGCCAAGCUCGCGACCAUCAACGCGGAGCUGGGCACGUACCAAGCCAAGCUGGCGCGCAUGCGCGACGGGCCCGGCAAGACGGCCCUCAAGCAGAAGGCGCUCAAGGUGCUGCAGCGGCGAAAGCAGUACGAGGCCCAGCGCGACCAGCUCGAGUCACAGGUCUGGAACAUGGAACAGGCCCAGACGAUGCAGGACAACCUCAAGAACGUGAUGACGACUGUCGACGCACUCAAGACGACCAACAAGGAGCUGCGUCGCCAGUACGGCAAGGUCGACCUCGACAAGAUCGAGCGCCUCCAAGACGAGAUGGCCGACCUGCUCGACGUCAGCAACGAGAUCCAGGAGUCGCUCUCCCGCAGCUACGAUAUCCCCGAGGACGUCGAUGAGGCCGAGCUCGACGCCGAGCUCGAGGCCCUCGGUCAGGACGCAGAGCUCGACGGCGCCCUCGGCCUCGGCCCCGGUGCCGUCGGCGUCCCCAGCUUUAUGCAGGACGAGGUCCCCGACUUCAUCGACGAACCGCCACAGACAGAAGGCAAGGUCAAGGAAGCUGCCGGCUAG